UAAACAACAUUAUUUACUUUUUAGGCUAUAAUUCGCCAAUUCGGUAGCGUAACAAUACAGUCGUUUUGGAUUAAUUUGAUUCAUCGAUUAACGUCACGCCGUUAUUAGAAAAAAGUUAAGUUCUUCUAUACAGUCAGAUUGUUUCUUAACCGUAAAUCGAGUUUACUAUUGAACAACGCAUUUUUCUUGACACGAAUAGUAUUAGAAUUUUUUCGAAAUGUUACCUUAGCAACUGUUAUGUUACGUUCACUUAUAAUAUAUUGAUCCAACUAUUUUCUUUUUUUCUCUAUUUCAAGUGAUAAUAUUCUGUAUUUCUGUUCUAUUUAUUAGUGUACCCUGCAAUAUGUUUAAAAACACUUUUCAAAGUGGUUUUCUGUCUAUACUCUACAGCAUUGGCAGCAAACCCUUACAGCUCUGGGACAAAACUGUUAGAAAUGGACAUAUUAAACGCAUUACGGAUAAUGAUAUUCAAUCACUGGUGUUGGAUAUUGUAGGCACAAAUAUCAGUACAACAUACAUAACAUGUCCGGCCGAAAAAACCAAAACUCUGGGUAUCAAAUUACCAUAUUUAAUUAUGAUUGUCAAGAAUAUGAAGAAAUAUUUCACUUUUGAAGUGCAGAUUCUUGAUGAUAAAAACAUUAGACGUAGGUUUCGAGCCAGUAAUUAUCAAUCAACAACUAGAGUUAAACCAUUCAUUUGUACAAUGCCCAUGCGCUUGGAUGAAGGUUGGAACCAGAUACAAUUUAAUCUAGCAGAUUUCACUAGACGUGCUUAUGGUACCGGAUAUGUAGAAACUUUAAGGGUACAGUUACAUGCCAAUUGCAGAGUUAGAAGAGUUUAUUUUAGUGAUAGAUUGUACUCUGAAGAUGAAUUACCCGCAGAAUUCAAAUUAUUUUUACCUGUUCAAAGUAAAGUCGACCACAGACAGAGAGUAGAUUAAACUUGCAGAAGCGACCAUAAUCUCUAACUACUGACAAACAACAGACAGAUUUCACUACCUCAACAAUAAUAGUCAUUUUAGCUCCACCAGAUAAAUCCACUGUAUGUUGUCCAAAACUAACCACUUGGUUGGCCAAUUCCUUGAUCACUUCAUCACGCUUCACUGAAUUGUUAUAUCUAUGGCUAUAAUAUUAUAUUCCAUUUAAUUAAAUAUAAAUUAAUAAUAAUUUAAGGUUUUUGUGUGAGAAUUUGAUUUAAAUAAAAAUAUUUUUUUUACUUGAACAUAA